UGCCGUCUACAGUGGAGGAGAAAUUAAAACUAAAGCUUGUCGCGGAGAGUCUGUGAUUAUUACUGAAAAAUUGAUUUGCUUCUGUUGAUUCUGCUUUACACAGCAGUUAGACGAUCAUAGGAUGUAGCUGUAUUUAGCCGUAAUUUACGCCUUGAAGCCUUUCCAGUCUAGCGGAUAAUGCUUAAAACGAAGCUGCCCAUGAGAACGGCGGAGGAGGGAGAUGAUACGACCGAGGAACAGCCGGAUCUCCAUAUUCCCAGAUCGGGCUCUCCCACGAUCUCGGACAGGCUCGAAGGUUCCUCCAGACACCCAGGAUAUCCAUCUCAAUUGGAUAAAGAGACCGUUUUCGAGUGGUUUGGUUUGCAUCUAAAUCCUGCCAAGCGGAUCGAGUUAAUGUGCGGACUGCUGCAUAUGUGCCAGCCGCUCGAGCUCCGGUUUUUGGGCUCCUGUCUGGAAGACCUGGCACGGAAAGAUUACCAAAUUCUACGGGAUUUCGAGAUCAGGGCGAACAGUCCGAAAGAUUUGGGCAUUUUAUCUGACGUUAUCGACCCUGUCGUGCGCUCCAAACUGCUGGUCUGCUUGUCUCUUCUGGGAUCUGACAGCAGGGAGUGUGCGGGAAUACUAUUUCGGAUAUUGAGCCAUAUGGAUCCCGCCUUGUUCUACAAAAACUAUCACGGCUACUCUGUUUCUCGCUUCACGGACCCGUUCCAUCCUUCGUGUGCGGACGGGAAAGCGUUCGGGAGAACAGAACAGAUUUGCGGGCGUCCAACGGAGGCAGAGGUCGGACCCUUGGAGCAGUUGGCGCUGCUUUUUACUAUGGCCUCGUUGCACCCAGCGUUCCCUUUUCAUCAAAGAGAAACCCUUCUAGUGCAGCUGGACAAAAUCCAAGUUGCCAUAGAGGAGAGACAGCAGAAUCAGUACAGAAUAAACGCCCAGGCCCAGAAAGCAGAGUACCUGGGCCCAGCCGCCGUCGCCACCGAAGCCAGUCUUGAUGAGAGGACUCAGGGGCACUGUGCCAGCCAGACACCCCCCAGCUGCAGGACCCAGCAGGGAAGCAGAACCCAGAGGGAAGCUGUGCAUAUAGAGAAGAUUGUGCUGAAGCGGAUCUCACAGAGCAGGACAGACAGGGAAUACAAUUUUGAGGUGAAGUGGUCUGACUCCUCAUCCAGCAAUGUCACGAAAACACAGCUUGAACUGGAGAGCUUCUUGUUGAAGCUUCCCAAGGAGCAGUCCACUGAGUCGUUUGAGAAGGGCAUCCUCCGGCUACUCAACCAGGGAGACGAGUACGAGAACAGGGGGGUGGAGAGGAACCUCAAGGAGAAGUUUCUGUCGGCUCCACAAGCUUUCCGACAGACAAGGAAGGUCUGUGGCUUCUUCCUGUGUGAGUCCUCCUCCUCCUCCUCCUCCUGCAGCUGCAGCAGAUGUAACCCUGCAGCCAUGGGGAAGCCCUACAAGGAGGAUGGUUCUGAGGGAUCCAGCCAAGAGGAAGGUGUGUAUUUGGAGCCGUACUUUCAGGGGCACCGGAAGAAACAUGGCAGCAAUAGCCCCAGCCUUAGCAUUCCCGAUGCCAAAAGUUCCCAGGGGGAGAGCAUUCGGAGGGGGGCACACAGCUCGAAGCACAACAGCCUGCCUAACUGGUGGAGGAAGCGCUGCACCCUUCAACCCGACCAGGAGUCCUCUGGGGGGCCGGGCCUAGAGCAGGAGUCCUCUGGGGGGCCGGGCCCAGAGCAGGAGUCCUCUGGGGGGCCGGGCCCAGAGCAGGAGUCCUCUGGGGGGCCAGGCCCAGAGCAGCAUCAGGACAGGAGGAGCAGCCACCCUGCCACCAAAAGGCAGCCACAGGGACCGGACAGAGAAAAGGGGAAGUACUUGGCGAACGGGAGCGCGGUGACAUCAGCUUCUCAGCGAGCGCGACAGUCCACAGGGAAAGACGGAGGCUCCAGUCAGGAGGUAUACGGCGAAACCUCGUCUGAGAGCUACAGCUCCGCCUCCAGCCCACAGCACCACGAACCAGAGAGCCUGGACAGCGAGGACGAGACGGACAAAGAUACGGACAGUAGCCAGGGCCAAGCGGACGCCUUCUUCCCCUGGCAGGAGGUUGCAGGUGGGGCCAUGCCCACCAUCCACGCCCUAGUCUCUGCCAAGCCUGUCGGGGAGCCCCCCUGCCCCGAGACCAGCCUGGACUGUUCCCCCAUCAACUUCAUGCACCCCCUGCCCUACAUGCUGCCCAAUGGGGCACUACAUGUCGAUGCCCCUCUCCCAGUCCUGCCCCCCCCUCAGGUUGCAGCUGCCCUGGUAGACAACAAGGUGGUCGGAGGGCUGAUCAUGCAGGUGCCCCUGGUCCGCCGAGAGCCCAAGCCCACUCCCCUGCCAGUUCCCGUGCCAGGGGAUCCAGAGAAGAGGGAUACCCCUGCUGCAGUGCCCAUGGUACUCCCAGGGUUUGGCUCCCCAGCCCUGGGCUUACACUCCCCUGGCCUUCCUGCCCUGCAGCCCCUGGUCCAGCACUUCAAGACGGCCCCUCCACAGACCACUGCCAGCUCUGAGGUGUCACCGCCCUUCCUGCUAUCAGUGUCAUCACCCCCGGGCCGCCCUAUGCCUCACCCCUGCAGCCUGCCUACCCCAACCCAGACCCUGCCGCCUCUAACCCCCUCCGUACCCCUGGGGAACCAUAGCAUCCCUCACACCAAGCACCCAGACAUGGCUCUUUUCUCGGGCCUGCCCUCCCUGUACACCAUGGCCCCAAUCCCCACUUCCGUCAUGGCCACGCUAGGGGCAGGGGUAGGGCCUUCCGCUGGUCAGGUUCAGGCGGUGGUGCCCCCGUCAGUGCCCACCCAUACCCCCGGCCCAGCGCCCAACCCUGCCAUCACCUACAGCACAGUCCAGAGCGACUCCACCUCCUACAUCAACAGCACCAGCUGCACCAGUAACCCCAUCGCCCAGCAACAGGCGCAACAACAACAACAACAACAACAACAACAACAACAACAAACGACUCCCCAGCUACAGGCCAUGUGCUGCGGGGCGUGCGGUUGCCGAGGUGGUUGCCAUACAGCUCCGUCGUUUUUCUUCCCCCACCAGAUGGCGCCACGGCAGGUGUUUGGCGUGCCGCCCAUCUUCCAGCUUACGUCCCUGUGCACCAGCAACUACCUCAGCCAGCCACCCCCACAGAGCAACGGCCGGGCCCAGCUGCCAUUCUUUCCCCCCGCCCCGGCCCCCUACGCUGGCCAGACCCUGCUGCACCCCCACCCCCACUCUGACCACGUACUGGGCAACCAGCUAGGCUACAGCCUCCAGCAGAUGGUGUCGCCCUUCAACCGCUUCUACCCGCACAUGUACCCCUCCAGCGUGGGUAUGGUGCACGGGGCGGGAGCCGUUGGCGUCAACAAGAAGAACGGCAGCGUCUCCUGCUACAACUGUGGGGUCACUGGGCACUACGCACAGGACUGCAAACAGCCCUCCAUUGAUUCGACACAGCAAGGUGGCUUUUGGCUGAAGUACGCCGCCGCCCACUCUUCCGAAGCACUAGACAACGCCAACUGAACACAUCUUCUCGUUCCACCAUCUUGUUCCCCUCCGUUUCAAGAGGGCUUCACUCAAAUGUUUCUCAGUCAUUGUCAUUUUUGGUUUGACCUUUUUAAAGAGCGUGUGCGAGGAGGGUCCUGAGUACUUGUGCCGGAGACGUUUUCUACGUCCCCGUCACAGCUGAGAGCGAAGCUGUCUCAUUUCCAUAGAGACCCCCCCCCCACCACCGAUCCCUAAGUGGCUUUUGGUAUUUUGCACUGAAAACUGGCACAAGAAAGCAAGCAGCUCAUGUUCACUAACUUAUUAUUUAUAUUAUUAGAAAAAUAGAAAAUGACACCACAUCUCUUAGAGUGUGGGAGCUUGGGAAUAUGACACCACGUCUCUAGGGGAAAUUAUUUUGUUCUCUGAAUACAUGGGGAUCCUGCGUGAUCUCGAUUAAAGAUUUUCCUAUA